GAUUUGCUACUCAGCUGCAGCAAAACAACCCAGAUUUCAUUUCAGAUCAGAAACGAAACCGUGCCAACUCUGAACCAACUUGUCAAGAUGUUAGAGCGAUAACGGUUCACGCUGCUAUCCGUCAGUCACUCCGACAAAGACCUCUGCUCUUUAUUCAUUUAAAGUGAGUGUGUGCCAAACUUCACAGUAACUGAUCGGGUUCGCUUUUUCAGUAAUACAACUGCCAAUGCAAAUGCCCCCCAAGCGUCGUAUGAUCUAUGCACGAUGCAAGUUCUGACUUGCUUCAGGAUUUCUUACAUUUUUUCAAGAGCCUGUAAGUCACAUUAUGCAACAAGGCUGGCAGUAAAUGUAUGUUUAUAGCAUAGGCGUAUGCAGCUGUGUUUUAUUUGGCAGCUGCGUUAAUCAGGGUGCUCUGAUCAGGUGCACCAGGUAAGAGGUCGCAUCUAUUGAUGGAUGGAUGAAAAUGUGCCAAGCAGGAAUAUUGGACUUGCUGUUCCUGGCUGACCUUUAUGAUGAUGAACAGCAAAGAUAGGACAACGUAAACAAGUGUUAACAGUUGGAAACCGUUUGUGGUUUUAGAAACGGUAACAUGAAAUGUUUCAAUCAUUUUCAGACACAGUGAUGUCAUUUCUUCCUGUCUCAGCCUCUCCGGUGUGUCUUUUAUACCUGGGAAGAUUUCUUCUUCUUCUGCCCCUCCCUUUCUUUACCCAUUUCAGUGGUGUCAGUGAUAAAAAAUCCAGUGUUAUGCAACAGAAAAACCUCGAAGAAGUUUUUUUUCUUUCCCCCGCUUUGUGCUGGCGUCUGGAAAACACUCCCAAGACCAAGAGUAAAGCAGCCUGUGUGUAGCCUCUUUAUGGGGUAACUCUCACAUACCUGCUCAUGCAGUGACUCAGGCUUAGGAGACAUCUGGUCCUGCUUUACUCCAGCUCUAGCUGGAUGUUUACAGAACUACAAAUCAAACUUCAGCACCCUGAUAAGCCGUCAUCUGUACAAAAUGUAAUACCUAAUGGGCUGUCAGCGAGGAUAUGCCGGUCUCCAUCUGCAAACGACCAUCAGAUAUUGUCUUAUUACUGGGAUUAUUUUUUUAUUUGGGAAAUUCACAUCACACCUGCAGCUGUUACACUCAGUUUGGUAAUUCUCCAUCCUAAGGAAUAUCCCUUUGUGCUGUGGACGUGCAGGAAUGUCUUCUAACCUGCCAUAAUCUGAUCAUCUCAGACAUUUUGUUUGACGGUGGUGCAUGAGUGAGUGACGGCUAGCACUGGCCACUUGGAGCAAAGAGACAGGAUUAUCCCAUCCUUAUAAGCCUGGGUAUAAUGAGAUUGGGACUUUUUGGGAUGAUGCCAGUUCCCCUCGCUGCCUGUUGUCUUGAGAUCUUCUGGAGGCUCUACAUCGGGGACUCCUGUUUGCUCAAAGCUGUAUUUUUCCAGAGAAAAAAAGAGGUUUUGUCUUUCUUGUUCCUCGCAUUUUGCUGAUUCUGAACUGCAAUCUAAAAGAGUUUGUGCUUCAGGUAGACAUCCACCACCCGAGGUUUGAUCAGGUCUGGAUUCUCGGUUAGAGACGAGGAUGUUUGACUAUCAUUGUUCUACUAAAGAUUUGUCACAGACAAAAACAGACUGAGAGACUUUGGAGGGUGGUUGUGAGUGCCUGAGGCUUCGGGUGGAGGCUGCCGUGUUUCCCUGCAGGCAGGAGGCUGACUCACAAACGGAGACGCUCAGAUGAGGGAGGAGAAAGGGGCAGCUGGAGGGAGGGGCCUCUGAACUAACGGCACCGCUCCACUUAGCAGCACAGAUGAGUGCAGACUGUCACUCAAACACAGCGGGACCAAACCUGGAGCCCUAAGUUCCCUUUCCUCCUUCUCUGUCUUUGGACGUGAUGAAGAGGAGUUAAGUCAAACCAGAGAAGCGCCACUAUUCUCCCCGGUCAACAGGAUGCAUCUGGUUGUGGAGCCCAUUCAGGAGGCCGUGAUGAAGAUGGUACCGUACUUUGUGGAGAAUGCCGUGUUGACCCAGAGCGAGAUAAACCGCAUCCUGAGCGAGAGCUUCUUUAUGGUGAAGGGCGCUGCUCUCUUCUUGCAGCAGGGAAGCAGUCAGCAGGGCCAGAAAGCACAUCCGCCUCACAAACAUGCAGGUGACUUACCUCAACACCUGCAGGUGAUGAUCAACAUUCUCCGCUCAGAAGACAGAAUCAAACUGGCGGUGCGUUUGGAAAGCGGCUGGUCGGAUCGAGUGCGGUACAUGGUGGUGGUGUAUACCAGUGGGCGACAGGACACAGAGGAAAACAUUCUUUUAGGAAUCGACUUCACCAACAAAGACUGCAAAAGCUGUUCAAUCGGCAUGGUGCUACCUCUGUGGAGCGACGCAAAGAUCCAUCUGGAUGGAGACGGGGGCUUUACUGUGAACACAGCAGGUCGCACUCAUGUCUUCAAACCCGUGUCAGUGCAGGCGAUGUGGUCGGCCCUGCAGGUGCUGCACAAAGCUUGUGAGGUGUCACGGAGGUUUAACUACUUCCCUGGAGGCAUGGCUCUCACCUGGAUGGGCUACUAUGAGAGCUGCAUCGCUUCAGACCAGAGCUGCAUCAACGAGUGGAACGCCAUGAAGGACCUGGAGACCACACGGCCCGACUCGCCCACCAUGUUUGUUGACAAGCCUUCAGAGAGAGAAAGGACAGAGUGCCAUAUAAAAGCCAAACUCAGAAGCAUCAUGACAUCCCAGGACCUCGAGAACGUCACCUGCAAACAGAUCCGAACUGAGUUGGAGCAGCACAUGAGCUGCAACUUGAAGGAGUACAAAGAGUUCAUCGACAAUGAGAUGCUGCUGAUUCUUGGCCAGAUGGACAAAGCUACACUUAUCUUUGAUCACGUUUACCUGGGAUCUGAAUGGAAUGCAUCUAAUUUGGAAGAGCUGCAGGAAACGGGGGUGGGCCACAUCCUAAAUGUUACCAGGGAGAUAGACAACUUCUUUCCGGGGACAUUCUGUUAUCAUAACGUUCGUGUUUACGAUGAAGACGCCACUGAUCUUUUGGCACACUGGAACGACACGUACAACUUUAUUGUCAAAGCAAAAAAGAAUGACUCCAAGUGUCUGGUUCACUGCAAGAUGGGCGUCAGUCGGUCUGCCUCCACCGUCAUCGCCUAUGCCAUGAAGGAGUACGGCUGGUCGCUGGAGAAAGCGUAUAACUUUGUGAAGCAGAAGAGGAACAUCACUCGACCCAACCCGGGCUUCAUGAGGCAGCUGGCGGAGUAUGAGGGCAUUUUAGACGCCAGCAAACAACGGCACAACAAGCUGUGGCAUCCAGAUUCAGACUGUGAGAUGGCAGAGGGACAGCAGGGGUCAGCUCAGUGUGGAGGAGGAGAAGAAGAAGAGCGUCUGACUCUGGAGCCAGGAAUGUCUCCCUGCUGUGAAGAGAAAGGUGCAGCGUCCUCAUGCAUGACUGUUGCUCUGGACAUCGACCCAGCAUACAACAACUACUAUUUCCGCCGGCUCUCUGACUCAGCGCUGGACAGCGAACCAUCCACACCCGUCCGCGGCCCCCCACUUCUCGGCAUGGAAAAGGUUUUUAUAGAAAUUGAGGACGUGGAGCGAGAUGCCCUGUUGGAUGAUGAGGCUUUUGAUGGACAGGAAGGCCUCCCGCUACCCCUCUUUGGUUCUACAGGGGAAGGGACUGCUGCUCAGACCUUCAGUCGUGGCCCCGAACCUCUGGAGGAGCUGCGUCUCAGGCUGGAGUUCAGCACAGUGGAGGAGGAAGAUGAGGAGGAUAUACAGAAGGAGGAAGCAGACAUGGAAGUUCUGAUGCAGCCAGAUGAUGGAGGAGGUGGAGGAGAAGCACAUGAUGUGGAGGUAGAGGGGGAUUCAGAAGGUAUUGGAAUGGAUCUGGCAACCCUCAAUGAAAAUUCUAACAACAACAACCAUCUAAAAAACCACUAUGAUAAAGUUUCUUUCAUUCUUCCUCUGAGAGAUACUUCGUUGUCAUCUGUGUGCACUACGGACCAUCAGCAAGAGGAAUCUUUAACGCCAGAUCGUGAGGUUUGCCUUAAAUCCUGCUCUCCUGCUGCAGGUCAAAAGAUCCAACAGUCUAACACCUCCACUGAAGGCCUCACAUCAUCCCCGGGUCUCACGUGUGUCUGUGCCAACUGUGCUGCUUGCCAAUCCAUCGCUGCCCAUCAGAAACAGCCAGGAGAAUCGCUUCAGCCAGUGCAGCUCCAGGACAGCAGUGAGGACUCCAAAGUAAAGUUCGAGCCUGAUGACAUCCACUCUGCAGCUUCCUCAGAACUUCUUCCUGAGCUGAUGAGAGCAGAUUUAGAGGAGGUGACCCCCGCACUGGCCUGUUACCUCGGCCAACAGCAGGAGAGUCUUUUACAGCUGCGUCGUUCUGGGCUGGUCCGGCGUCGGGCGGAAAGGCUGGAGAAACUUUCAGGUUUAUCUCAGCAGAGCCUGCUCUCUCUGAAGCCUUCACAUGCACAUGAAACAUCCAAGAAUUUCUUCAAUGAGGAAGAGUUCUCCAGCUUUUCAGGUCAUUUUGCUCAAUCUUCAACACCAUGCCAAGUACGGCUAGAGCCUCUAGUGGUGCCACUGACCAACGAAGCCUUGUUGGGUGUGGUAGGGUCGGAGAUGCUCACGCCCAUCUCUUCACCUCAUGGCUCCACCCUCACACGCAGCUCCAGUAGCGACAGCCUGCGCAGCGUCAGGGGGAAACCCGGCCUCGUGCGUCAGAGAGCACAGGAAAUUGAGACCCGCAUGCGGCUGGCAGGCCUCACCGUGCCCUCAAAGCUGAAGCGGUCCAACUCGCUGGCUAAGUUGGGCAGCCUCGACUUCUCUUCUGAGGAUCUGUGUUCGGCCUGCUCCUCGGACGCAGGGACACUGCUGCUCCUCUCUCUGUCCCCGGAGACCGACCCAGGCGGGGAGUGGGACUCCCCCACCACCUCGGCUCUGUCUCGACCCUGCAAGAUCCUGCAAACCCCCGAGAGAGCGCUUUCGGGUGAAUCCGGAAGCUGACAAAUAAAGAGGCGCUCGUAUGAUUACACACUCCUCUCACCUUUUCAUCUGGUGCUGUGUGAGGGGGAGGAAGUCUGCACAGAUCCCAGACACAAUAGAGUUCAAGCAAAAACACAAGAACAAUGCACACCCUUUUCCUUUGCCACUGUGCUUCUCAAACUGCUGUUCAGAGUGAUCAAAGUCAUGUUGCUGUUUGUGACAAAUGUGUUAAGCCAUCAGUUCACCAUUAACUUUGAGUCAUGGACAAACAAGUGCCUUACCAAGAGACCACCAGAGGCACGAUUAGAAGGCGCUUUGCAUCCUUUAACCUGCGAUCCAAUGGUACCUGGUUCCCCUUACCUGUCAGGUACAACGUUGUAGCCAACAUGGAUGAACUUGAAUCCCUCGAAGACUUUGACAGAAGCGAAAUCUUGGAAAAAAGUCGAGUUGUUUGAUCACAGCUUUUGGUUUAAUAGUUUUCAAAUUUAAAGUUUACCUCACGUUGCAUCUAAAGCGGUCUGACGCGUCAACAACCAAGCAGGAGUUUAGCUAGGUCUCUUUAGUUGUGCAGAGGAAAUCAGGAAUGGGUUAAUGUGUUAGCUACACACAUCUUAUGGGAGAGGGAACAGGAUGAAGAGAAGGUUGUAACCUUCGCCAGCGGCACACUCACUGUUUUCAACAAACAAAACAGAAACUUUCUGGGUUUGUUGUUCUUUUGCACUGCUUUUUCUUCAUUUUUAUUGAGUGGAUACUGGUACGAGCAAGCUAUCAUCCAAAAUAACAUUCUAAGUAAUGUUAUGAGCCUCAUCAUUCCCUUCAUUGUACAAUAUUCCUGGGAGAGCUGAGGGAUGAGGAGUCCCGCUGCGUUUGCUAGCAAUCAUAAUAGCAUCUAGUGUGAGAGUUGGAUUUCCCCGAGCUGAACGUUUCUGACAUUAAAACAUUUAAGAUGGCAUAAACAUCACAUCGAAGCAUUCUUGACUUAAACUGACUUUAAGUGCUGCCAAUAAUUCAAACACAUUUGUGCUUUUUUAUGUAGAAGACCAAAGUUUAUUUUGACAGCAAAUUGAAAACAACACUGAAGCUGUAUAAAAUAUGUGAAUCAUUAUUUCAGUCGCACUUAUGAAAGUGCUGACAACUCUCUUAGCACCUUUUGGAGUAAAGAACGCCUCUUUUACGCCCAUAUCAUCCAUGAGUUUCAGAGCUUUUGUCACCCUGGUGUGACGGCGCUCACAAUAGGUUACUUCACGGUUUUGUAAUCAUUUUCUUUUCUAUAUUUAAGUAUGCAGUAAUUUUUGUACUGUACAAUGCUGUAGUUCGAAUGCAUAUUGCACUUUUUAUGUUGGAUCAAAUAAAAGAUGUACUGUAUGUGUUGAAGUUGGAAAUAAACAUUUCUUUUACAUAAUUUAA